AUUUUCAUGACCGAGAAGUGACUUUAAUUCAAUUCAGUGCAAAAAAAACAGAAAACAACAGGAUGAUCAAAGCAAUUCUGAUUUUUAACAACCAUGGCAAGCCGAGACUCAUCAGAUUUUAUCAGUAUUUUGCAGAAGACAUGCAGCAGCAGAUUAUCAGAGAGACGUUCCACUUGGUAUCAAAGAGAGAUGAUAACGUCUGUAAUUUCCUGGAAGGCGGCAGUCUGAUUGGUGGAUCAGACUACAAGCUGAUCUACAGACAUUACGCCACGCUUUACUUUGUGUUUUGUGUCGAUUCGUCUGAGAGCGAGCUCGGCAUUCUGGACCUCAUUCAGGUGUUUGUGGAGACUCUGGAUAAAUGCUUUGAGAACGUGUGUGAGCUCGACCUGAUCUUCCACAUGGACAAAGUGCAUUAUAUCCUGCAGGAGGUGGUGAUGGGGGGGAUGGUGCUCGAGACCAACAUGAAUGAAAUCGUCGCUCAGGUUGAGCUGCAGAACCGGAUGGAGAAAUCUGAGGGUGGACUUUCCGCCGCUCCAGCUCGUGCCGUCUCAGCCGUGAAAAACAUGAACCUUCCGGAAAUCCCUCGUAACAUCAACAUCGGAGACAUUAACAUCAAAGUGCCGAGUCUGUCCCCGUUCUGAGCCGGUGGGAAUUCUGUCAGUCCUCGACACUGGAGUAACAUUUCCCAUGAAUACUGCUUCCUUUUUCCUGAGACUCCAUUUACUUUACAUUCAGGGGCCAAAAAUCUCUCCGAAUCCACGAGCGUUUUCAUUUUCUCACUGAUUCUCACUGAUUCUCACUGAUUCUCACCAACUAAGCAAAAACACCGUGAGUGAGAAUGAGCUUCAGGAUUUCACCUGGACAGGAACGCAUGCAUCAGAAAGUCAUCAGGACCGUCAGGACCGUCAGGACCGUCAGGUUCCACGUUUUAUUUCAAAUCUAUUUAGUGAUUAUUUGUGGAGCAACAUUCCUAAAAUAUCUAAAAUUCUAAUCAAAAGAUGAACACGUCUGCGUCGAGUCAAAAACACGCUUUAUUUAUACUGAGAUUAUUCUGUUUGUUUGUCAAUGUUACAUUUUUUUGUCCUGAUGUUGAUUUUUAGUUGUUUGUUGUUUGCUUUUUUGUGCUAUUAAAUUCAGAACUCUG